ACCCCUGCCUCUUUUGUUAUGCUGAUUAAGGCAACAGGCACCGUCUUUUGUUCAAGUCAGAGGACGCGAGAGAGAAAGAGAACGAGCACGGAGGGAUGGUCACGCUCUCUGUGACCUAUAGUCUUCUCUUCUUUAACGUCACAAGGUGCGCGCAACAAAAACGAGCCAGCAUCAGCUGAGUUUCUCACAUCGCGACGCGAGCGAGCUGAGGUUGUCACAACUCUUCCGUUCACAUACGCUGGCACAGGACUUAUGCACGCUCGUUUAUGUAAUUUCUAACUGCCAGUUCAAUGCAUAUUGUAAAAAAAGCGAUUUAGCUAGGUGGGUUCCGACUCUUAAACUGACUUGAAAGCGGGAUGCGCGAAAAGGGACGCAGACGCAAUACAUAGAAGCUGGCCGCCGUCGUCAUGCAACUGAUGGGGGAAACGUAAAAACGGACUCUGAGGAGAACUUAAAAGGACUCUUAACAUAAGAAAAGCACAAACACCGGGAAAAGGAGCUUCGCUGCCUCAAACAAUCCGCUGGUUUCAGAACUUGGACAGCUCCCUCGUUCAUCCGCCUACACAAAUCGACCGUGUGAGGAGGAUUCAUCGAAACUACAGCGCAAAACCGACUCGGUUCCUCUCGGUAUUCUCCCCUAAAACAUCGUGACGCCAUGGCAGGUGUACUUCAGGGAGAGAAGCAGCUUUUUGAGAAGUUCUGGCAGGGCACGUUCAAAGCCGUGGCGAUGCCGAGACCCGAGAGCAUCAUCGUCGCCAGCAUCACCGCGCGGAGAGCCGUGACAAAAUUGGAGACAGCAGUUAGCCUAGCCCCUAAAGACGAUGAGGAGAAAGCGAAAACGAAAGAUGCAGUUGCAAAAACCCGUGAGAAAAAUGGACAUGUGAAACGCAGAGGACGUAAACGCCACAGCCACCGUCGAGCUCGCAGUGUCUCUUUUGAUGCUGAUCUUUCCCCUCGGCCGGUGCCUAAAGCAAAGAAAAAGAAGAAGAAGUCACAGAGAAAGAGGAGGAGACACAGAUCUCCCUCCUGCAGUCCAUCACCUGUGAGGAAGAAGAAGAAAAAGAAGAGCUCAAAGAAAAGGAAGCGACAUAGGUCUGCCUCAAGGAAGGGACGACACAGUGGCUCGAGUCCCAGACGUAAAAGAAAGGUGGACAAAAAGCAUAAAAAGAGGGCAAGGAGCCACUCUCAUCGCAGACACCGGCGCCGGAAAGCAGAAAUUAGGAGUUCUUCCUGCAUGGAAAACAGAUAUGAAGAUUGUGAAAAAUCUGGUUUGCAAGAUGGUGGCCAUUCAUCAGCUGUCCAUGGAGGCAACGCAUGCAGGUCGGCAGUCAAGCUGACCAGUAAAAUCUCCUCUAAGUGCUGCUGCCACUUUUCUGAACGCACCGUCUCGCCAUCACGUUCUGGGGUUGAGGGUUUAAACAAAAUGGUGAUCGUCCAGGACUCGAUAUCCAAUAAGGGCAAAGGCCAUGCAGAUUACGAUUCGGGAAAUGACACGUCCUCUCCACUGUCAAGUAAAACGGGCAUCACAAAGUCAAAGGUGUCCGGAAACGGAAAGUUCUCAUGUCAGGAUCUAACAUCUCCUGAGAAGCUAAGGCUAGCCGACAGGGACAAUGCCUCAGAUUCAGGCAACUCUCUAACCAGCUAUGACUCUCUGAGUAAACCAGUGCUCAAAGAAAACACCCUUCACAGCUCUGUCUUCAACAAGCUCAAAGGUGAAGAAGCGGGUAGGUGCUCUGAUUUGGAGAAGACACAGCCCCUGGGUGUCGUCACUGAUAAGAAUCAGAGUCCGUCGUAUGAUAGAUAUCAGGAUCGAGCGAGGUCCCGCAGCAGAAGCAUAUCAUCCCAAAGCAGAUACUCAGGGCGCUAUUCCAGAAGCCGAUCCCUGUCCUCAGGGAGGAGAUCAUAUUCCCGUUCAUCCAGUUACUCUCUGGAUUCCCGGAGAGACAGUCUGUCUAGUGCGAGCAGUUACCGCAGUUUAAAUCACUCACGGUGCACACUAGACAGGUUUCGAAAGCGGAAAAGACACUGCAGUUCCUGCAAGAGCAGAAAACACAGCAGGAGAAGACCUUGUUCUCCAAUGAGGAAGAGAAGAAGAGAUUCCCCCAGUCACCUGGAAGCCCGUAGAAUUACAAGUGCGAGAAAGAGGCCGAUCCCUUACUACCGUCCCAGUCCCUCCGUCAGCAGCCGCUCCUCCAGCCUCCUGUCCUGGCAUCUGUUUUCUCUCAAUCGCAGUCGAACUCGCAGCCGUUCACGGAGUCGCAGUCGCAGUCACACUUACUCGUCAUACAGGAGCUACAGUCGCAGCUCGUCGUGGAACUCUAUGUACAGCAGACGCAGUCGCAGUCGGAGCAGAAGCUAUGACUCAGUAGUGAGCUACAGCAGAGCCCGUCGCUAAUUUACAGAAGAGCCAGAUGCCAGAACGCUGAGCUACAGCACAAUCCCAGGACCACAUCUCACUGUAACUGGAAGUGAAAUGGAGCAGCGCUGAGAACAUGCUGUGCUUAGAUGUGGAACACCAGGCAGCGACAGGAUCAUCUGUUCAGUGUCAGAUAAGACUGAAGCUUUCCAUAUUGUUGUGUACUAAACUGUGUGCUUUCAUCCAUCCCGCUCAAAGGAAAACGUGUCUAUCAAUCACAAAGCCUGCUGUUGUAGGAAAGACCGGACUGGGAGAUUCAAUAUGUGCGCUGCAAUCUGUGAGUUCUGCUAUACCUUGUUUUGCUCAUAGGUGUGAGGAUAUUGUUAGUCGUUUAUCAAAACAGACGUGGUAGAUAAAGAGCAGGGUCACUCACCAGACGCUCAUAGCCUUGACCGUUAAAGCCCAUGUAUGAAUCUAUUGUAUUUUUCUAGUGUUUUUUUUUUUUUUUUUAUAGGGGAUGUCAAAAGCGCUUGAGGAGAAAGAUUUAUUGCUUCCAUAACAGCUGCUUCUGUGUUGCCCACACCUUCGCUUUGAAAAAUGUGCCAUCCAAAUCGGCCCCACUGGCAAACGCACACCCCAUCAGCCCAAAUGCCAGCUUUAUUUAUCUUCUGUUGAACUGGAAAACAAUUCAAAUGUCAUUGGCUGUGAUGGAGAUGAUGAUGGUGGUGGACAAUCAAAAUGCAGCGGAUGUGCUCCACUGGUGGGAACGGUUUUGUGGAUCCGGGUGUCUGUACUGUGUUACCAAAUACGUUAACGUACAUACUAAUCUUUCAGACCUCAAGAGAUAGAAAGAUAUUUUUAUCUGUAGGAUUCGAGGCUGCGUCUGAGCGAACAAAGAAAAGGUGCGUUUUCCCCGUCCUGUUGUUUCUGAGAUUCAAAGCACUGCUGUAAUUAAUUAUGAUGAUUAUUGUUAUGUAAUUCUCGAAAUGCACAACCCUUGAGCCGUGUUAACUUGUAUAUUAUUUUUAAAAUAUUUAUUAGUUUUUUUGUAUUUUUAUCUUCUGAUUGUGCGGUUCCAAUAUUUAUUAUUUAGAUCUCUUGAAUUAUUUAUAAGGUAAGACCUUUGAUAUUCACAUAGAAAAACUUUUUUGCUUGUAUCAUUUAUUUCUGAAUUGUUUCUGUUUGUUUUCUUCAAAACCCGUUUAAACAUCCAGUCCCGCACUAAUUAAAUCACACACGAUGAUGUUUAUAAAUAUGAAUGUCUUAUAAAGCAUAUUUAUUGGUUGCACGUCAGUGCAACAGCAGAGAAACUAUUACAGAAAUGAAGAUGGCUGUCAUAAGAAAUCAGUCAGAGUGACUAGACCAAGGAUUUUUUUUCAAAGGAUCAAAGAUGUAUAUUUGGUGUGCCAUACCGCUUCAUGAAACGGCGUGUAAAAAUCAUUACCUUCAUCAUGACAGAUGAUGGCAGCUUCUUUGUUUCUGUGUCAUAAAGUCUAUUGGAGUGCUUGUUAAAUGAAGGCAUGGUGAUCUCUAUGCACUGUACAUUAUUAGCUGUCUGACUGUUGUGAAUUCUGACACUUAUAAUAAGUUGUAGACGAAAGAUGAAAAGUGUAUCACAAAUGUUUUAUCUUCCUGAAUUCAUCUUGUUCUCUCGUCUCAAACCGUAAAUGAGUUUAGUAAAUGAUUAUGUAAAUCCGUUGUGUAAAUAUGCCAACGUUUAGUGAGGCAAUAUUAGGCAUGGGCUUUAUUUAUUGAGAUGGAGUUGUGGUACUGACUGUUUACAAGGCUGGCUUUCUAAUUUACAUAAUUUGCAUUCCCUCUAAAAAACAAAACAUGCUGAAAUGUUGCCAUGAAUCCAACCUAUUUCACUGAAUCUGGCUUCUGUAAGUGCGUAAAUUAUUGCAUUUAUUUUUGCACAGAAUGAGUGGUGAAGAUGUAAAACAAGCAAGUCUGUGUUUAGCGCAAAGUUAUAAUUCUCAAUGCAGGACGCCAGGCUGGAAGAUUAUGUCUAGAACAAUCCCCAGUUUCCCCUAUUCUACAAUGUAUAUACACUGUUGUCUAUGUGCACAAGAAUAUCAAUGUCUCCCUUGCUAAAGUAAAUUAAUGACUAGCUCUCUGUGGUCUGAAUAUGUAAUGAUAUUCGAAGAGUUCUAAAUAAAUUAUUCAUCUAAUUAAUUCA